CGCUUGACUCCGCUCGCUGGAAACACACUGCAGCGAGGGCCGGUAGAGCGCGAGAAACGCGCAUAUACACUGUUCGUGGGGAGCGAGCGACUUUUCGGUCAGAGAGAUGGCUGCCAUCAGGAAGAAGCUGGUCAUCGUAGGAGACGGUGCAUGUGGGAAGACCUGCCUGCUCAUCGUCUUCAGUAAAGACCAGUUCCCAGAGGUCUACGUGCCCACGGUGUUUGAGAACUACAUCGCUGACAUCGAGGUGGAUGGCAAGCAGGUGGAGCUGGCUCUGUGGGACACAGCUGGCCAGGAAGACUACGACCGCCUGCGGCCGCUCUCAUACCCUGACACCGACGUCAUCCUCAUGUGCUUCUCCAUCGACAGCCCUGACAGCUUAGAGAACAUCCCGGAGAAGUGGACCCCCGAGGUGAAGCACUUCUGCCCCAAUGUGCCCAUCAUUCUGGUGGGUAACAAGAAGGACCUGCGGAAUGAUGAGCACACGCGGCGGGAGCUGGCCAAGAUGAAGCAGGAGCCCGUGAAGCCCGAGGAGGGUAGGGACAUGGCCAACCGCAUCAGCGCCUUCGGCUACCUCGAGUGCUCAGCCAAGACCAAGGAGGGGGUGCGUGAAGUGUUUGAGAUGGCGACCCGGGCCGCACUGCAAGUGCGCAAGCGCAAGAAGAGGAGCGGCUGCCUGCUGCUGUGAGGGGGGAUGUGGGCUGGAUGGCCCCUUCGGACUGUCACGAGGGCACGGCGGCAACACGCUCGUCGACAACUUACCACGCGCGGCAGUUCCACGGAUCACAAAUUAAUGUAUUUCUACUUUUGUUCUCCUGCAUUUUUCCUCAACGUUGGUGAUGUUUGUUUCUUUGUUUUCUGCACCAUAUCUGUUUGUGUAACUGAGGAAAUAAUUACUAUUCAUUGUGCGCGUUUGCGUGCUUUCCAUCAGGCUGGGGGUCGUGUCCAUUCAGGCCGUUUAACACACCCCUCGUGUCUAACAGGCAAGUCAGAGCCUUGUUCCAUUCCAGCCCCUUCGAUGGUCCUGCUUGAACCUUCCACCCAGCACCCAUUGCUCUACUGUCCCACCCACUCUCAUCAGGCUUAGUGCUGCAAAACAGUGACGUGGCCAGCAGGGGGCGAUGUGCCAGUAGUACCCUGACAUUCCAUCUCGGUCACAUCCACACACAGGUACUGAUGGGUUCCUAUUCCUGCACACCGCCUGGGUGAAAUGAUUCGAUUGAGCUCAACUCCGUUUGAGCAUGUCCAGCUGGGACACUCUCUGUUAUAGACACAUCUUUGUGUUCCCAAACCUCUCUCAUGAAGGGUUUUGACCCCAUGCUGUCCUCCAGUGUUCAUACAGAAGCUUCAGCGGAGCAUGGUGUGGGUCGAGACCCUCAUGGACACACCUCACUGUAGGAUAGUGGUGUUCCUGUAACCCUCCUGACUUAACGGUACAUUUGUAAACAAGGUAGCUUGGUCCAUUCACUGCAUGGCACUCUGCUGUUGGACCCUGGAGAUCUGGGCCCAUGUGCAUCAUUAGAAGGGUUCGGUUAGUGUUCAGCAAAACAUUUCUGUGUGUUGAAGCACUGUGGAAAAUGCUUGUGUGGGACAUUGAUGAUAACUACUGGGAGAAGGAACACUGCUGUUGAAGUGCGUGUGGCAUGUGCGCUGACCUCUGAGAUCGGCUGUGGUGAGAUACUCCUCCAUCGCAGUGCUGCAUUGUUUCCUUUUACAAAGGGCUCGCAGGCGGUGGGUGUGUCUGUUUCUUCCUUUUAAAGAUCUCUUUGCUGCACCACUGCUUUGGUAUCAAGACCACUUCAGGUCACAAUGGAUUAGGAACAGAACCCCAAUUUUUUCCGUUCUUUGCAGGUUUUUGCUUUUUUGGCAACGUUGACUCUGCGAUCUUCAUCAUCACCACCAGUCAUUAGUUUACACCGUGGAGCAGCAGUCUGAGUCCCUGUCCAUUUAUAAGGUGCUUUCUUACAGCAGAAGCCUUGUUUCUGAAAGGUUAGUAAAAAUUUGUAAACGUCAGUGUAUAUGGAGCGCCCCCUGGAGGCUGUUUGCUGCUUCACAGCUUGAGACUCGAGAACUGCAGCACACAUACUCUAAAGGUGACAUUUGGUGUCAUCUAGGGGCUUAAAGGAAACCAUAGCAGCAGAAUCACUUGUACUUAAUAAUGAUACCAAUAAGCUCUUCAGACUGGCUAUUAGCUCUGUCUUAUGAGCACACAAUCUUUCCUGUGGAGAUGCAGGGGAGUUGAGGGGACACCUGACACUGAGGUUUUUAAGAAGGACCUCCUCAUUCGGCACCGACGUGCGGACCAGAACAAUGUGUCAGUGCUCUUGCCUUUGUCCUGACAGCUGCCGCAGUGGAACAUGUUCUUUAUGCGUAACCAUGUUUGUGACAAUUCCAUGUGUCCAGCGUAACAGAGCUAGUAUACAUACCACUAUAAAUGGAGAUAUAUAUAUACACACGCUAAGUAUGCAUACAGAAACUUUGUAUUUUGUCUGCAUGGGUCAAACAUGGUUUCUACAUGACCCCCUUCUGCUACUGUUUACUGUUUUUUUUUUUUUUUUCUCUUCUCCCCCUCUCCCUUCCUCCUGGAACUUGUGAUAAAAUGAUCCAGAUUUAUAUAAAGGCUCGUUGUCUUAAUGCUUUGUAAACAGAACCAGUGUUGCAGUGAAUGUUACAAUGAAGUAAAUGCAAAGAAUGUUAAUAAACUAUUUUUUGAAAGGUAACCUUGUAGGCGUGUAAAUUUACUAACGGUGGUUUU